AUGAAGACCAUUCUCAGCAACCAGACUGUCGACAUUCCAGAGAAUGUCGACAUUGCUCUGAAGGGCCGCACAGUUAUCGUGGAAGGCCCGCGGGGAACCUUGCGGAGGGACUUCAAUCACAUCAAUGUAGAGCUCAGUCUCCUCGGAAGGAAAAAGAGGAGGCUUCAUGUUGACAAAUGGUGGGGAAACAGGAAGGAACUGGCUACUGUUCUCACCAUCUGUAGCCACGUACAGAACAUGAUCAAGGGUGUUACACUGGGCUAUCGUUACAAGAUGAGGUCUGUGUAUGCUCAUUUCCCCAUCAACGUUGUGAUUCAAGAGAGUGGAUCUCUGGUUGAAAUUAGAAACUUCUUGGGUGAAAAAUACAUUCGGAGAGUUCGAAUGAGACCAGGUGUUGCUUGUUCGGUAUCUCAAGCCCAGAAAGAUGAGUUAAAGGAAAUGACAUUGAACUUGUAUCAAAUUCACCUGCUUUGA